CAUCAUCAUCAUCCAAUGUUGUCUUCAUGUUUCCAGCAAUUCUUCCAUGCAUUCUCCUUCAAAAGAUGCUCCCUUUUCCUCUCCAUUUUCGUUCUCGCCAUAACCCUAAUCCUAGGAUCCACUGCACUUGUCAUCAUCUUCAUCCUCAAGCCCCACCAGCCUGCUUUCUCCCUUCAAGCCAUAAGACUUGAGUCCUACAAACUCGACGUCUCAACCGACCUCUUCGUCUCGUCGGUUGUUUCUCUUACGUUGAUGGCCGGAAAUCCUAACAAGUUCGGCGUGGGGUUUAGCCCCACUGUGCUUCAUUUGUUGUACCAAAGCGAGGACAUAGGAAUGGUGGUUGUGCCUGGGUUUUAUCAGCCUGCUCACAGCAAGAAUUUGACGUUUGAGACAGAAGCAGUGUUCCAAUGCGUUAAUGUUAGUGAGAUUCUUUCUGGGAUUUCGCGAAACUCGAGAAAUAAUGAUCCUUUUCAGGCGUCAAUUGUAGGUGAUGUUGUGGCCGAGGUCAGGCUUCUUCAUGUCCACCUGCCAAAGUUCAAGUUAGCUUUGGAGUGUAAUAUAAGUAUUGAUCAAAGCUCUUUUAUGUAUAGUGUUGAAGCACUUCACAAUAUGAAGGCAGUGAAAAAUCACACGAUAUCUCUUCCAAUCAAUUGGCAAAGCUUCUCCAAGGAGUGUUCCAUAGCGGUUUACAUUUAACAUUAUGAAGCAUGCACUACACGUCCGCAAGUGAAUAAAAUUGAAGCAAUUUAUCCAUUUUUAUUUUAUUUUAAUUUUAAUUUAUCGAAAAUUGAUGGG